UGUUCGUGGUGUGUUGUGUGUACGGUUUAUUUUGUCCCGUAAACUUGUGUACUUGUGUUUGUUUUUCAGUUUCUUAGCUUAUACUUUCAUACUUAAAAUAUUAUAAGUUGAACCACUAAAUGUAUUUAUAAACCAUACAUUUAGCUGCGUUCGACGGUCCAUUCAAUAUUCAAAUGUUUUGAAAUUUGCCAAGAAACAGUAUUCUUUCACAGGUACGUUUACUGUUGAGUGGUUAUACAAUUACGCACACCUCAAGGGUUUUAUAGUAAAUUAUUUCUUACAUCCAUUUGGUAAUAUAAAUAGAACACACUGAGCUACUGAUAUGUCAAUAUUAAAUGACUAUUACCCAUUUACAAGUAAAGAAAUUAUACAAAGAGCUUUUGAAGUAUGGCUGUAGUUUAAAACUUACUGACAAAAAUUAUUAUAAAAGUCGAAUCAAACAGGAAUUUUUGGACAAUAAACAGUUAGUUAAACCAGAAGAGAUUAAAUUUUUCUAUGAUGUAAGUCCAAAAUAUUUUUACUGUUAAAAAACCAUAAUUUUC